GUAGUUGAAGGAGUAGUUGGAAAUGGGACAGUAUGUGUAAUAUCUAUAUAUAUAUUUAGAUUAAAAUGGCAUUAACCCUGACCUGAAAGCAUGAAAAGAGAAGAGGCUACACGUGGGGUACAGUAUGGACACGCAUGCACUACAGCAGCGAGAGCUCUUUUCUGCAGCCAUGCCUAGCUAGGUGGUGUUUUAUCCUGCUGGGCUCUUUCCGUCUACCUGAACUUUGGUUAUAACCUUCAGGACUUUCCAGGACUUUGAAGUCCCCCUUGGCCCUCUCCAUCCUGCUGGGGGGCAACAUGGGGGAAAGACGGGCACACUCCUUUCACAUGACGUGCCACGUGCAACAUGACUACGGCAGCAGGAUGGCAAGCUCCUUUAUAAGUUACCGGCCCAAUGGAUAUGCCAGCACAAGCCUCAGCCUGGCCCAGGAGAUGGACGCUGACCCUUCAGCCUCCUCCGGCACUACAACUACUAGCUCUGCCCUACGGGCUCCUGCACUUGACAGAAGUCACUACUCUCCUGUUUCACUGGAACUGGACCCCACAGCGGUGAAUAAUGGAUCAGGCAUUCCCUGCUGUCCACCAGAGGACACAAAGGACCCAGCACUGAAGACCAUACACAGUCAGCCCUCUAUCACCUCUGUCCCGCCAACUCUCCCUCCUUCGAGCUGGCUACAUCAUCAUCAAAAGGAUUUCCAGAGCCCUUACAUCAAGACUAGCAUGCAGGGGGAUGUUUACAACUUCCUAGAGAGACCUGCUGGACUGAAAUGCUUCCUCUACCACUUCCUCGUCUUCCUUAUGGUCCUGGUGUGUCUAAUCUUCAGUGUCCUGUCCACUAUAGAGCAAUAUGCAGACUUCGCCACCGGAACCCUCUUCUGGAUGGAAAUUGUGCUGGUGCUGUUCUUUGGCACGGAGUAUGUGGUGCGGCUGUGGUCGGCGGGCUGUCGCAGCAAAUAUGCAGGCAUCAAAGGACGCCUCCGCUUUAUCAGGAAGCCGAUAUCAAUCAUAGAUUUGAUAGUCGUCAUCGCCUCGAUCAUUGUUCUCGGCGUAGGGUCCAAUGGUCAAGUGUUUGCCACGUCUGCCAUCAGGGGCAUCCGUUUCCUCCAAAUCCUGCGCAUGCUCCAUGUGGAUCGCCAGGGAGGAACAUGGAGGCUACUGGGAUCUGUAGUCUUUAUUCAUCGACAGGAGCUGAUCACGACCCUGUACAUCGGCUUCCUGGGCUUGAUCUUCUCCUCCUACUUCGUCUACUUGGCGGAGAAAGACGCUGUGGAUGAGGAGGGCAAGACGGGCUUCUCCAGCUACGCCGAUGCCCUGUGGUGGGGCGUGGUGACGGUCACUACAAUCGGCUAUGGAGACAAAAUUCCUCAAACGUGGAUAGGAAAGGCCAUCGCCUCCUGCUUCAGUGUCUUCGCCAUCUCCUUCUUCGCUCUGCCUGCUGGUAUCCUGGGCUCGGGGUUUGCCCUUAAAGUUCAGCAGAAGCAGAGACAGAAGCACUUCAACAGACAGAUCCCUGCUGCGGCAUGCCUCAUCCAGACACUUUGGAGGUGCUAUGCAGCAGAGAAACCAGGCGGCUGUGCUGCUACAUGGAAAAUGUAUGUUCUAACUCCGGAGCUUUUCAACACAGUCGACUCUGACAGCUCCAGCCCGAACAUCAGGAAGCUGAACAUAUCGAAAAGGGGGACCAAGAGGAGGCUGAAGUCCAGGGGUAAUGGCUCCGUGGGUGUGGCCUCGGAGAGGGCUGUAUCGAUCCCCCAGAUCACCUACGAUCACAUUGACGACUCUGUGGAGAAGAAAGAUGUCUCGUUUUUCCCGGAGGAGCCAAGGGGUGCUAUUGAAGGAAUCACCAGAAUAUUCAGACAACCAGGCCCUCCUCAUCAUUCUUGGUCAUCUUUCACUCUGAGCUGCCCUAGCUCUCCAGUAAGGAGGAAUCUUGGUAACAGCACCUCCAUCGACAUCUCCCGCGCCAACAGCUUAACCGAUGAGCUGGACUUCAUGGGUGAAGACAUUCCCCUGCCCGUGAUGACUAACAAAACUCAACAGGAGUUGUCCCACGCACAGAGAUCAGCUGUGAAAGUCCUCCGCAGAAUGCAGUACUUUGUGGCCAGGAAGAAAUUUCAGCAAGCGCGGAAGCCCUACGAUGUGCGAGACGUGAUCGAGCAAUAUUCCCAGGGUCACCUCAACAUGAUGGUCCGCAUCAAGGAGCUGCAGAGAAGGCUGGACGGGACACUGGGGAAGCCAGGAAUGUUUCUUCCAGGAAAAGGAGAAGAUAAAGAAUACCCAACAAUUGGAGCACGGCUGAUCAGGCUAGAAGAUAAGGUCCAUCAGAUGGAUCAGAAAAUGGACUCGGUCCUGCGGGUCCUGAUGGAGCAGUUUCCGCCCAAACCGCAGCUGACGCCCCAGCCCUCCAUCCGCAGGGUGACCAUCCAGAAGCGCAUGGGCGUCAGCAUCGACGAAGGACCCUGAUGGUAUGACGAUGUCAUCACCAAAGGAGAAUUAAAGAACAGCCACGCCUGCAAAAAUAAAAAAUUAAAAAGACUAAGUCUUCCAAAACCCUCUCCCUCUCUUCGAUUCGCAAUCCUAAAUUCUCUCAUUGACUUUUGACCACUGAGAAGAGAACAACUUUUUAAUUGUCCACUUGCUGCUGAGUUGCUCUGGGACUCGAGGGGCCGAGAGUGCCACCGAGAGUGGGAUUCAUGGUGUAGAAAGAAGGCUGACUGACCUCUUUCCUCUGAUGAUUGUCGGCCCUGUUUGGGUUUUUUAUUUUGAAUUUUUUGUUGUCUUGUCUAAAUGUAGCUUUCUCUUCUAUACUAGCAUUGUGGGCCCUCAGUCUUCCCUCCUUUGCAGCACAUUCAGUCAUUCAAGCAGCGACACGCCGCAUGAAUUUAUUUCACUACAUUAGCCUCAUAAUCACACUACUCAGAUAAUGUUAAUUUAUGUGUGGCCUGUCACAGAGCCGCAUUCCUCUACUCCAAAUAUUAUUCCAAGGCUAACUAACCCAGUAAUGAAGUCGUAAUGCAAUCAAAGCGCUCGGGUUCCCCAAAGACACAGAGAAAAACUCAAGAGUCCAGCUAUGGCAGAGGCAUUUCUCAAAUCCUUCUGAUUAUCUUGGCACCAUCCACACCCAGUACACAACAGGGUUAUUUCCAUAGCCACAUAUCCAUCUAGACUAACUGCACUUAGGCUGCGGUGGGUGUUUGUUAGUAGUGAUUGAAUAACAAACGGAGAAAAGGGCAGAUUAUCUGUUGACUUUGCCCCGCGUUAGAGACCAGAAGACGUGGAAUUAUAGAGAUGUGUCUAACGUGGUGCUGAUUUGCAGACACAGUACAGUGAGGUUAAUAAAAAUAGCCAAACUGGCAAACUGUUUUUCAUACAUACAUCCAUCUCAAGCACUUUUAGCACCACCACCACCACCACCAGGACUCUACUUAAUAUCCUCUAUUACCCUCCUCAGGGGGCUCACACUGCUGUGUGCAAUUUGAAAUAAAUUUGCCCCAUUAAAGCUCUGAUUAUUUUUUCUCUCCAGAGCUAAUUAAGUGCUGAAUUCCUGGUAAGGGGAGAUUACUCACUGUGAGCGACUAAUGAAAAGAAACACUGGAAAAUGUGCAGAAUUUAAACAGUAAGCUUUGAGGGGCAGGCACGCUAAUUCUGUGUGAAAGGUUUCCGAAAAAAUAGCCACCUACCACCGAGAGCGCACACGUUUUGAAAACGGUAAGACAAUGCUCUCACUUUGUUCCCAUGCUCAUAGUAUUUAUCUGACAGGACGUCGAGGCAUGUAAGGAAGUAGAAAAUAGAAAAUAACUCUAUGGCUAUGUAACUACUGUAUGAAAGGCUUCCCAUAAUUAUAGCAUGCACAUUCCUAAAAAGACGGAUGCACACACAAAAAGAAGGGGGUGAAAAAGGGAAGGGGAACGAGGAGAGGCUGUCUCUUCUCUCUUAGUAUAUAUUUUCAUAAUUUUUGCGGUGGUUAAGAAAUAGCUUUUUUUUGUUUGUUUGUUUUUUUUUAUCUCACGUUAAAUAAAGUGGUUGUAUUUUCAAAAAGGCACUCUAAUUUUGUGACAAGACCUUGAUACAUAUCUGUCCUCCUGUACAGUUUUAUAAGAGUUGUAAAUAGAAACAUUGCCUUAUUGUACUGUAUUUAUUAUCAUGUGGAAAGAUCAACCUGGAACAUGUCUGCCUGCUUGUCGGAGUGAUGAGAAACACAGAGUGAGGCUCCUGUUGUACAGAUGGAUGGAAAUGAUUGUAAAUGAUAUUCACGCACACCCUCUCUGCACUGUAGCUCUGCUGUAAAUAAU